AUGUCUACACUGGAUCAUUCUACAGCGAUAUCGAUCUCAACCUCAAAGAAAGAAAGAAUCCAGCAGGUCAGAGAGCAAAGAGAUACAUCGAUUGCCAAGGUUCAGCCCACCAUAACGGCCUUCGCGGAGCGGCUUUCUUCCAAUGUGACCACGGUACCAGGCAAAAUUCUUACCGACGAUGAAAUCUCCAUCACAGAAAAGCCAGUGCGAGAACUUCUCGAUCUUGAGGCCCUGGACAAAUACUUUACAGGGCAUAAACAGCCCAUCGGACCCCUCCCUGGCCUCCCAGUCAGUACGAAGGAGCACAUCUAUAUGAAAGGAUGGGAGUCGAACUUCUCGUACGUUGUCCGCGUGGGAGCGAUUGCCAGGACAAGUUCGGCUGUUUUGGAGACUCUUCAUGAUACUGGCGCCAUUUUCUUCACCAGAACGACUCAACCACAAAUCUUGAUGGCCAUGGACACUUCAUCCGAGCUUUAUGGAAACCACGAGCAUACCCCAUGGAGAGAUGAUAUCGACUUUCUCAAAAGAGGUGACGGCACACGCAGGUUGAAGGUCGGUAUCCUGUGGGACGAUGGUCAUGUCACACCACAUUCACCAGUGGGGAGAGCUCUUCGAGAGACUGUGGAAAAGCUCUUUGCACGCGACGACAUUGAAGUGGUGGAAUUCCAUCCACCUGGCCACCAGCAGGGUAUGUUGGGUUUAUUGAAGGAGGGCGACGAGGAACGAAGACCUCUCAUCAAAUGGGCAUUCCACGAGAACCCUUGCAUGCGGCAUCACAGUCUGCGUGAAGUCUGGGAGUGGACUGGAAAGAGAGACGCCUUCAGGGUCGAUUAUCUGUCUCGCUGGAACGCCACGACUGGAAAAGGAGGUUCCAGUUCAUAUGAGGAGGCGAUGGAUGUGCUCCUCUGCCCGAGCUUCCCUGGUGGUGCAUUCCCUUUAGACAAGACAAAGUACUAG